UCUAGUUGCGUCGCGUCGCAGUGUAGAUGGGGUGUGACGUGCACAUUGCAGGCUCAAACUCUGGCCGAUCAGGAAGAAGAGAUUGCGAGAGUUUUUUCACAGCUCUGUGGAAGCCUAUAGUUUUGUUUUUUAAAUAUUGGGUGAAUUAAAUUAAAUCUUAAUUUGAUAAAGCGAAAAGAUCCGACGCAAAGAUGUCUGUUGCCGGACUAAAGAAACAGUUUUAUAAAGCGAGUCAGAUGAUGAGCGAGAAGGUGGGAGGCGCAGAAGGAACCAAACUGGAUGAGGACUUCAAAGACCUUGAGAGGAAGGCUGAUGUCACCAGCAAAGCCAUAUCAGAUGUUCUCUGCAAAACUACUGAAUACCUGCAGCCUAACCCAGCAUCAAGAGCGAGGUUGACCAUGGUGAACACCAUGUCUAAAAUGCGCGGGCAGGUGAAGAGCCCAGGUUACCCGCAGGCAGAAGGCCUUCUGGGAGAGUGUAUGCUCAAAUACGGCCGUGACAUGGGAGAGGACACCAACUUUGGCGGUGCUUUAGUGGAGAUGGGAGAGGCCAUGAAGAGGCUGGCAGAAGUGAAAGACUGUCUAGACAUUGACGUCAAACAGAACUUCAUCGACCCUUUCCAAACUAUAAUCGAGAAGGACCUGAAAGACAUACAGCAUCAUCUGAAGAAACUGGAGGGCCGCCGACUGGAUUACGACUACAAAAAGAAGCGUCAGGGGAAGAUUCCGGAUGAGGAGCUCAGGCAAGCAGCAGAGAAGUUCGAAGAGUCCAAAGAAACAGCUGAAACCAGCAUGCAGAACCUUCUGGAUACUGACGUGGAGCAGGUGAGUCAGCUCGCAGCUUUGGUCGAAUCUCAGCUGCAGUUUCACAAACAGUCUAUGGAGGUCCUGGAGGAGCUGGCACAGAGAAUGAGAGAAAGAGUAAACAAGGCCCAAUCUCAGCCGCGCCAGAAACGGAUGCCUGUGUCCAGACCCAGUUUUGAUUGCUCGGAUCCGGAAGACUCUAACGGAGGCUGGAAUCCGUCAGCUGCACAACCCUCAUAUCCAUCUGCAGUGGCCCCCUCCUUUAACAGGACAUCUUCACGCCAAAAACGCAAUUCGACAGAUCAGCCCUGCUGCAAGGCUCUGUACGACUUUGAACCGGAGAACGAUGGAGAGCUUGGCUUCAACGAGGGCGACAUCAUCACGCUGACCAAUCAGAUAGACGAGAACUGGUUCGAGGGAGCCGUGCACGGCCAGACCGGAUUGUUCCCCUGUAACUACGUAGAGGUGAUGGUGCCACUGCGGCACUGAUCCCACACAAAACAGGAAGAGGAAGUGCAAUGGCAGGUACAGACAGGGAGAAAGGGAAAAUCUGUGAUUUGUAUUUCAUUAUGAGCACUUUGUCCUCCUGAGAGAGAUGUUGGAUAAUAUACAGUAAGAAUUUGGGUUAUUAUUUGUUACUUAGGGUUCAGGUCCAGUGUUUUAGUUCAUCUUAGGAGAAACUAGCAUUCCCCAAAGUACAAUAAACAUCAUUGAGAAGUAUGUCAACGAUAAAUCCGUUUUGGGAGUGUUCAUUCUAGAGUCAAAUGGGUUUUAUUUUCCUAUCAGUUUCCUAUAAUGAUGUUACUUGCUUACAAAUUCACUCAGCAGCAUUACUUCCCUUCCUUCCAAGAAGUGUCUUCUGUUGGUAGUUACUGACGUCUAGUGGCCGCAUUUGUGUAUAACAGUUAAAAAUGCUGCCUAGCUUUUGUAUACAAUUUAUAUUCAUUUGAAUCUCAUGAUUGUUUAACUAACCCUUUCCCAUUAGUUUUAGUUGUAUUGGGUUUGUUUCAUUUUCCUUAAAGGGAUAUGCACCCAAAAAUGUAUAUCCUGUCAUUUACUCACCCUUACAUGGUUUCAAAUCUCUGAACUUCUUUUAGCUUUUGAACACAAAAGCAGAUAUUUUGAAGAAUGUUGGUGACCAAACAGUUGACGGUAGCCAUUCAAUUCCAUAUUAUGGAAACAAAUACUAUAAGUCAAUGGCUACCGUCAGCUGUUUGGUUGCCAACAUUCUUCACAAUAUCUUCUUUCGUGUUCAACGGAAGAAAGAAACUCGUACAGAUUUGGGGCAAGUGGAGGGUGAGUAAAUGAUGACAAAUUUGGGUGAACUAUCCCUUUAAAUGCACUUUAGCUCUGCAUUAGUAAUUAGGUUAAAAGUUGACUUUAGCAUCAAAACAAAAAGCGAGGUCAACAGAUAAAUAAACUGUCUUUGCAUGAGCAUCAACAGGGGUAAUUUACUCAAAAAUAGAAAUUAAGUUUUAUUUUGUCACCCUCAUGUUGUUCCAAACUCAUCCAGUUUCAUGAUAUUGAAGAGUCAUAUGGGUGAGUAAAUAAAUCUAUUUCUUUAAAUGAUCACUUCCUGCUUGCAAAUUCUAUUUUGAAAUGAGUAUGUAAAUGAGUUAAAUCCAGCUGUUCGGUGAACCAGGAAGUAUUUUUACUUUUCUUUUUACAUUUUUACAUUUCUUUUUCCACGAUACCAUCCCUCGUUCUCUCUUCUGGAAAAGGGAACCUUUAUAAACCCACUUCUGCACUGUACCUGUGUUUCUGAGAAGUAUAGUGGGACUCACACGAUUAAAAACCUCAGCUUACAGAUAUUAGAGCUCCGCGUGGAUGUUGAGUUCUUGAAAAGGGAAAUUAAGUGUGUGAACCACUGUUGUGAUUCUGUUUUUAAGCCCAAAUUGUUUGUCUUCUGGUUUAUUACGGCUUUAAUCCGUUUAACUUUUUAAAAGAGGGAAAUCAGAAGUUCCUCUAUCGCUGAUUCUGGUUCAGUUUCUAUUUCUCAGGGAAAGGUACGUCUGCUGUAGUCCUACUGUACAGAGAAACUCAUUGGGACUCAUUCGUAAUAUCUAACGUGUUCAGAAAAAAAAAAAAAGACAGUUUUGCCUAAAGUGCUGACAAUUGAAAUUUGUUGCAUAAACUGUACCAAACAAAUGUUUACAUGGUUUUGUAUUUGUGAAUUUUGCUAUUCUUUUCAUUGCAAUAAUGAUAUCAUUCAACAGUUUGUGGAGUACUUUUUGAAUUUGAAGAUACAGUCUAGAAUCACUGCAAAUGUCAAGAUGUAGUUUAAACGACAAAACUGAACAGCAGCUCUUCCACAUGCUAUUACAUACCUCCACAUUAUAGAUAGUCGUGCUCAGUAGUUUUAGAUUGUAUUUUGAACAAAAUGUCAAAAGGAGGUAUUGGACUCGUUUAGAUUAUCUAGCGUUUUGGAUUAUAUUUCAGAAUUUAUCUUUUUUUCUUUUUUCUGGUUUCUUGACGAGGAAAUCUUGAAAACUGGGAUCAGGUUGUAAUCUGUCCAGAGUUACUGCAGUAAAAGUAGAAAAUCAGAGCUGUCGGAAAGCGUAAUGUUCAGUGUUGUGCAUCAUAAUCGGCACUGCUAGGUCAAUGUAGAUAACCACAGCAUGUUCAGAAUGAGAUUUCAGCAGUUAAGAUCCUGCCAUCACCUCUUUCGAUGUGCCUUUUUUUCUCUUUUACUCAUGUAAUUACAUUUGCAUUAGUCAGCAGAUCUGAUCUUUAUGUAAUUCAGUUGUUUAAUCCCGAAAGGAACCAGUGUGACCAGCUUUUGUAAAGUAUAAACAUUUGUGUCAUUGUGUUUCGGGAGAGAGAAGCUGGUUCAAGGUUUCAGGUUCAGGUCUUGCUCUGGUAACCUUUUGUUUUUUUUUACCUUGCGCUGUUUCAUCCAAGCUGCUUCCUACUGUAAUAGCUACUGUACUCUCAACAUCCUACAUGCCUUCUGAUGUUGCUUACACUACACUUAACAGUAGGCUAGUCAUAUUUUAUUAUGGGUAUAAUGUUUUAUAUGUAAUGGAAAACUUUUGUUUGUGCCUGUUAUUGUCCCUGGUAAAUAUUGUUAGACCUCAAAUCGAGAUUUAUGACAAUCAGAAAGUGUUUUAGAAAGAAUGCUUGUUUGAAUCAGUAUUUCCUGCCUAAUCCAGUUGUGAUUUUAUUUUUUAUUAUAAAAAUGUGCAGGGUUAAGAGAACAUUGUAUAUUUUCAUUUUAAAUAAAGGUGAAAAACUAUA